AUGAGCGACUCUAAUACAGAUUUCCCACUUUAUAACUACACUCCCAGUCUUGUCGCAGCUGCGGUAUUUUCCGCUAUAUUCUUUGUUUCUUCCGCGGCCCUAGCUUGGAGGACAUUCAAGACGCGAUCCUGGUAUUUUUCUGCCAUGAUCAUUGUCACAGUGGAAGGUGUUGGAUACAUCGGCCGAAUUCUGUCUCACAAUGAUCCCGAAGCUCUUGGUCCGUAUGUUAUGCAAACGCUUCUCCUCUUAGUAGCUCCCUCUCUGUUUGCCGUGGCUAUAUAUGUCGUAUUAGGAAGGCUUAUACGCAUGCUCCAUGCCGAACAUUACUCCCUCAUUCCUCUCAAGUGGCUCACCAAGUUCUUCGUCCUUGGCGAAGUCAUAAGCUUUAUCUUACAAUCUGGAGGUGGGGGCAUCAUGGCAGGCAGCAAAGAUCAAGACAAGAUAAAGAUCGGUCAAUAUGUCAUCGUAGUCGGACUGAUCCUCCAAAUGAUAUGGCUCGCAGGUUUCGCCGUCGUGGCGGGCGUGUUCCAUUGUCGCAUGCGAGUUAUCCCAGCCGUACCGGGAAAGGCAAACUGGAGAAGGUUUAUGUUUGCUCUCUACGGCGCGAGCAACAUGAUUCUGUCGCGAUCAAUGUUCCGGGUCAUAGAGUUCGUACAAGGACGUGAUGGAUUCUUCAUGCAGAGUGAAAGGUGGAUUUACCUUACCGAUGGACUUCUUAUGGCUGAAGUACUUGCUGCGUUCGUUUACUUCCAUCCGAGUGCAUACAUACGAGGCGACGAGCAGUAUACGAUGGGGGAACACGAAGAACUGAGUAUGCAUGCGCGUGACGAAGAGCAUGCGAAUACAGUUUCAAUGCAUCCCUAUUCUGGCCUAGGAAGUGGACGGUAA